AUGUCUCCAACUAUCCCAACUACACAAAAGGCUGUUAUCUUCGAGACCAACGGCGGUCCCCUAGAGUACAAGGACAUUCCAGUCCCAAAGCCAAAGUCAAACGAACUUUUGAUCAACGUUAAGUACUCCGGUGUCUGUCACACUGAUUUGCACGCCUGGAAGGGUGACUGGCCAUUGGACAACAAGCUUCCUUUGGUUGGUGGUCACGAAGGUGCUGGUGUCGUUGUCGCUUACGGUGAGAACGUCACUGGAUGGGAGAUCGGUGACUACGCUGGUAUCAAAUGGUUGAACGGUUCUUGUUUGAACUGUGAGUACUGUAUCCAAGGUGCUGAAUCCAGUUGUGCCAAGGCUGACCUGUCUGGUUUCACCCACGACGGAUCUUUCCAGCAGUAUGCUACUGCUGAUGCCACCCAAGCCGCCAGAAUUCCAAAGGAGGCUGACUUGGCUGAAGUUGCCCCAAUUCUGUGUGCUGGUAUCACCGUUUACAAGGCUCUUAAGACCGCUGACUUGCGUAUUGGCCAAUGGGUUGCCAUUUCUGGUGCUGGUGGAGGACUGGGUUCUCUUGCCGUUCAAUACGCCAAGGCUCUGGGUUUGAGAGUUUUGGGUAUUGAUGGUGGUGCCGACAAGGGUGAAUUUGUCAAGUCCUUGGGUGCUGAGGUCUUCGUCGACUUCACUAAGACUAAGGACGUCGUUGCUGAAGUCCAAAAGCUCACCAACGGUGGUCCACACGGUGUUAUUAACGUCUCCGUUUCCCCACAUGCUAUCAACCAAUCUGUCCAAUACGUUAGAACUUUGGGUAAGGUUGUUUUGGUUGGUCUGCCAUCUGGUGCCGUUGUCAACUCUGACGUUUUCUGGCACGUUCUGAAGUCCAUCGAGAUCAAGGGAUCUUACGUUGGAAACAGAGAGGACAGUGCCGAGGCCAUCGACUUGUUCACCAGAGGUUUGGUCAAGGCUCCUAUCAAGAUUAUCGGUCUGUCUGAACUUGCUAAGGUCUACGAACAGAUGGAGGCUGGUGCCAUCAUCGGUAGAUACGUUGUGGACACUUCCAAAUAA